AUCCUUAGGGCUACAUUCACAGUGAUGCUACUUGGAGAUCGUGUAUUUAGUUUUCUUUAGUUUUCUGGUAUUGUGAUGUAUAAAAUUCUGUUAAUAGUGAAAUAGAAAAUUUCAUAAUGUUUAUAAAAAAACUUCACAGUUUCAUACAUAAAUAUACAGAAAAAUAAAAAAAUUAAUUAAUACAAUUUUACUUUGUAUACUAAGUCCAAGAAAAUGUAUGUUUACAUACUUUAGAGGUUAUACCGUACAGUACUUUUAGUGUUCAACUGUAUAAUUACUCUGUUUCAUCGAAGUUGUAUUAUGUGAAGAAUGCUUGGCCUAUUAUGAUUAAAGUUAAAGGAUUGUAAAAAUGGAGCAACUGCAAACUGCUUUGACUGCAAUUAAAGUAUUACGUUCUAGUGUUGGUCAAGUUUUUGAUUCUCUUGGAAAUGGUUUACGAGCUGACCAUGGAGAAGAAAAUAAAGAAAACAAAUAUUUACUUGAAUUACAAGAACUCUUAACAACCGUCAGUGUUAAUUUAAGAGAUGUUGAACAAGCUGUAAGCAGUUUAAAUCCACCACCUGGACCUUUUAAUCUAGCAAAUACUGCGUAUUUAAGUCAAGAGACAACACAAGAAAGACAGGCUCUAUAUAGUACUCUUGUUAAUAGUUACAAAUGGACUGAUAAAGUACAUGAAUAUAGUAAUGUUGCUCAAACAUUACUUAGUCAGAAUUCAUUAAAAAGGUCUUACAUUAAUACUAGUAGAGCCAAGAGAGGCAGAGUUCAAACCAGUAAUCAUAAUGUUCCUCAACAACAAGUUGAUUCAAUGAUAGCUACAUUUGAUAGACUUUUCAAUGACAUGACUGUAUCUGUAUCUCGGCCAUUUGCAUCAAAUGCAGUUUUACAUGUUACUUUAGGACAUGUUUUAAAAGGUGUAAUAGCAUUUAAAGGUUUAAUGAUAGAAUGGGUAGUGGUGAAAGGUUAUGGAGAAACUAUGGAUCUAUGGACAGAAUCAAGGCACAAAGUUUUUAGGAAAGUAACAGAAAAUGCUCAUGCUGCUAUGUUACACUUUUAUUCGCCAGCCUUGCCUGAAUUAGCUGUUCGAUCAUUUAUGACUUGGUUCCAUAGUUUAAAUAAUUUAUUUAGUGAUCCAUGUAAACGUUGUGGUUUACAUUUACAUAGUGCGUUACCCCCAACAUGGAGAGAUUUUCGAACAUUAGAACCUUAUCAUCAAGAAUGUAAGCCAUAAUAAAUUAUACUAGUAAUCCAUUACACAAAAGUAUGUUUGUAACAUAACAUUUUUUUUAAAUAAAGAAUAUUUAAUUGUA